AUGGUAGGUUGUGCGUCAGCGGCUGCCGCCUUGACGUCGCUCACACACCUGCAGAAAGUGAUCGGCGUUGACUUCAACGAUCUCGGUACGAAGAAUGUCCUCGCUGCCGCCCAAUUUUUGGGUGUGGCCUACGACUUCCAGCUGUCCAAGGGCUCCUGCUGCAGCUCUGAGGGCAAGAAGGACGAGUUCAGCGAGGUGAAGCCCUGCGUGAGCGUUGAGCUCUGCGGCGGCCUGGGCGCUUUCUGCGGCUCCAUCUCCAUCUGCCGCCACAUGAUGGAGCAGAAGAAGAAGGGUGACUCCCCCGCUGAGUUGUUCGCACGCAGCGACGCCACCUCGUGGAUGGAGUUCUUCUACGACCGCUUCGACGUCGGCAGCCGCUGCCAGGCCGUUACUCAGGUCGAUGCCUCCAGCACGUCUGAGCUCGCCAAGUGCCUGAGGGCCACUGACGCGUUCCUUCUUAGCCGCACCUUCUUGGUUGGCGAGAGCCUUUCCGUCGCUGACAUUGUCUGCGCCGUGACUGUGAAGCACCUGGUGUCCAUCGGCAAGCUUGAGGCUGGCUACUUGAGGACUGGUCUUCGUAACUUGUCUCGUCUGAUCCGCACUGUCGAGGCCAGCGACGCCUUCGUGAACUACGAGAAGAAGCUCGCGUCCCUCCAGAGCGGCAGCGCCUCCGAGAGCUCGUUCGUGUUGGACACGUGGAAGAAGACGUACAGCAACUGCAAGGGUGACCUCGAGAAGGAGGUGAUGCCGUGGCUGUGGAGCAACCACGACGCCGAGAACUGGAGCUUCUACUUCAUGAAGUACAACAAGCUCGACGACGAGUGCCAGUCCGACAUCACCACCUCCAACAUGCUUAGCGGCUUCUUGCAGCGUUUCGAGCCUGACUUCCGCCGCAUCUCCUUCGGUGUCAUCAACGUGAUGGGCUCUGGCAACUGCUACGACAUUAUGGGUGUCUGGCUCAUCAAGGGCACUGAGCUCCCUCCCAGCGUGACCGAGCACCCGUCGUUCGAGUUCCAGACCUUCACCAAGCUCGACGUGAACAACGAGGCCCACCGCAGGAUGAUCACCGACUACUUCUGCGCCGAGGACUCCAUCAACGGUGUGGCCAUUGCCGACGCCAAGGUCUGGAAGUGA